CAUACGUGCAGAACUAAAGGAAUUCAUCUUCACAUUUCUGCCCCAACUUCCAGAAUUCUCCUCAUCUCCUCAUCCCAGUGUCCAGAUUGAGGAGGAACCCACCCUGUGAGGAGCUGGCUGCAGGAGACCCAGGGAGUCUGAGGAAGUGAAAGUUUAUGGUCCCACAGCAGCAUGUACGUGAAGAGUCUCCUGCUGUUGGGCCUGUUGGUCCUCAUGGUCAACGGCGCUGUGAAGAAACCAGCCGCUGCUCAGAAGAAAGCAGCCGCCACCAGCGCUGAGAAGAAGGCCCCUGCAGUGGACAAGAAGCCCGCCACAGCCACUACUGACAAGAAGGCCCCUGCAGUGGAGAAGAAGCCCGCCACAGCCACUACUGAGAAGAAGGCCCCUGCAGUGGACAAGAAGCCCGCCACAGCCACUACUGAGAAGAAGGACGCCUCGGCUGCAGACAACAAGGGUGGAGCUGAGAAGAAGGAGCAGAAAAAGGAGAAGAAGGAGGAGAAGAAGGAGGAGAAGAAGGAGGAGGAGAAGGAGGAGGAGAAGCCUCUGAGCAGUCAUGCGUCCAUCCUGGCGGAGAGCAGCGUGGGUCUGGCCUUCAGCCUCUACCAGAACAUGGCGAAGGAGCAGAGCGGCGAGAACAUCCUCAUCUCCCCCGUGGUGGUGGCCAACGCGCUGGGGCUGGUGGCGCUCGGCGGGAAGUCCUCCACGGCCUCUCAGGUGCGCGCGGUCCUCAGCAGCGACCGCGUGAAGGAUGAGCAUCUGCACGCCGGGCUGGCCGAGCUCCUGACGGAGGUGAGCGACACGGCGCAGCGCAACGGCACCUGGAAGAUCAGCGGCCGCCUCUACGGGCCCAGCUCCGUCACCUUCUCCGACAGCUUCGUCAAGGGCAGCAAGAAGCACUACAACUUCGAGCACUCCAAGAUCAACUUCCGCGACAAGCGCAGCGCAGUCAACUCCAUCAACGAGUGGGCAGCCAAGUCCACUGACGGAAAGCUUCCGGAAGUUACCAAGGACGUUGACAAGACGGACGGAGCCAUGAUCGUCAACGCCAUGUUCUAUAAACCCCACUGGGACGAGCAGUUUCACCAGAAGAUGGUGGACAACCGCGGCUUCCUCGUGAACCGCAAUCUGAAACUCUCCCUUCCCAUGAUGCACCGCACUGGUAUGUACGGCUUCCACGAGGACACCGAGAACAAGCUGUUCGUGCUGAACAUGCCCCUGGCCCACAGGAAGUCGUCUCUGGUGCUGCUCAUGUCCUACCACGUGGAGCCCCUGGAGCGGCUCGAGAAGCUGCUGACGCGCGCACAACUGGACUCCUGGAUGAGCAAGCUGAAGGACACAGCUGUGGCCGUGUCUCUCCCCAAAACCAGCAUUGAAGUCAGCCACAACCUCCAGAAGCCCCUGGGCGAGCUGGGCGUGACGGACGCGGUGGACAAGGCCAAGGCCGACCUGUCGCUCAUCUCAGGUGAGAAGGACCUGUACCUGUCCAGUGUGCUGCACGCCGCGGCCAUGGAGUGGGGAACCGAGGGGAACCCUGCGGACCACAGCAUCUACAGCACCGACAAGCUGCGGAACCCACGGCUCUUCUACGCAGACCACCCCUUCCUCUUCCUCGUCAAGGACAACAAGAGUGGCGCCAUCCUCUUCAUCGGCAGAAUGCUCCGACCCAAAGGAGACAUCAUGAGAGAUGAGCUAUAACCUCGGGGGGGUGUGUGUGUGUGGUGUGUGUGUGUGUGUGUGAGAGAGAGUGUGUGUGUGCAUGUGUGUGUGUGUUUGUGUGAGUGAGUGUGUGUGUGUGUUUGUGUGUGCGUGUAUGUGUGUGUGUGAGUCUAUGUGUGCAUGUGUGCGUGCAUGAGUGAGUGAGUGAGUGAGUGAGUGAGUGCGUGCGUGCGUGCGUGCGUGCGUGCAUGUUUUAUAAGAAAGAGAGAAGGGAGCAGAACACUUGCCCAGCAUAGUGAGCAGGAGGAACACCAUGCUUAUCAGCACAGUGAGCAGGAGGAACACCAGGAGGAACACCAUGCUUAUCAGCAGGAGGAACACCAUGCUUAUCAGCAGGAGGAACACCAUGCUUAUAUUAAGUAUGCUUAUAUUAAGUAUGCUCCACAGCUAGUGUAGGCAUUCCUCUCUGCAGGGCUGAAACUCCAACUGAAUGGUGCAAACCAAUGUCGCUGUAAAACGCAAACCUGUUCAGUUUUGGGGAAUGUAAUGAGGGUCCUCCAUUACCUGUUGAAGUGAAGACCACUUGACAUGGUGUUGAGAUCAGGGUUGCCCAUGUUAAGUGAAGACCAUAUGACAUGGUGUUGAGAUCAGGGUUGCCCAUGUUAAGUGAAGACCACUGGACAUGGUGUUGAGAUCAGGGUUGCCCAUGUUAAGUGAAGACCACUGGACAUGGUGUUGAGAUCAGGGUUGCCCAUGUUAAGUGAAGACCACUGGACAUGGUGUUGAGAUCAGGGUUGCCCAUGUUAAACCAUUCCAUGCCGACAUAACCCAGCUGCACUGAUGCAACCUGUUUUUCUUGCUUUAAAAAGCGCAACAAAGAAAAUCUUCAAGGCCUUUCAUGAAAUAAGUUUGUUCACAUGUUUCAAUAGUGUGAGAACACUGAAAGAGUUGUUACCAUGUUUUUCCAAUAAAAGAUUAA